UGUUGAGGCGCGGGCACGCGGAAGCGGAGGCCCACCGCACCGGGCUCCCCGCGCUCCCGGGCGACUUCUGUCCGCCGGGCGGCGGCAGCGGCGGUGGGAUGGAGCCCGCGACCGCGCCCCAGCCCGACAUGGCGCCGGAGCUGACCCCGGAGGAGGAGCAGGCCACCAAGCAGUUUCUUGAAGAGAUUAACAAGUGGACAGUUCAGUACAACGUUUCCCCCCUCUCUUGGAAUGUGGCCGUCAAAUUCCUCAUGGCCCGGAAGUUUGAUGUGCUCCGCGCCAUUGAGUUGUUUCACUCCUACAGAGAAACACGAAGGAAGGAGGGCAUUGUGAAGCUGAAACCUCAUGAGGAACCUCUCCGUUCUGAGAUCCUUAGUGGAAAAUUCACCAUCUUAAAUGUUCGGGACCCAACAGGAGCCUCUAUCGCCCUCUUCACUGCCAGAUUACAUCAUCCCCACAAGUCAGUCCAACAUGUGGUACUUCAGGCACUGUUUUACUUGCUGGACAGAGCUGUGGAUAGCUUUGAAACUCAGAGGAAUGGACUGGUGUUUAUCUAUGACAUGUGCGGUUCUAAUUAUACCAACUUUGAGCUGGAUCUUGGCAAGAAAGUCCUAAACUUGCUAAAGGGAGCUUUCCCAGCUCGUUUGAAGAAAGUGCUGAUUGUGGGAGCACCCAUAUGGUUCCGAGUGCCGUAUUCCAUCAUCAGCCUUCUUCUGAAGGAUAAAGUUCGGGAGAGGAUUCAGAUACUGAAGACGUCUGAGGUCACCCAGCACCUGCCCAGAGAGUGCCUCCCGGAAAACCUUGGUGGAUAUGUCAAAAUUGACCUUGCCACUUGGAAUUUCCAGUUUCUAUCCCAGAUGAAUGGCCACCCAGACCCCUUCGAUGAGAUCAUCCUGUUCUCCCUCCCUCCGGCCUUAGACUGGGACUCAGUGCAUGUCCCAGACCCCCAUGCCAUGACCAUCCAGGAGUUGAUGGACUAUGUUAGCACCAGGCAGAAGCGGGGGAUAUACGAGGAGUAUGAAGACAUCCGUCGUGAGAACCCAGUUGGUACUUUCCACUGUUCCAUGUCUCCAGGAAACCUAGAGAAGAACCGCUACGGGGAUGUACCCUGCCUGGACCAAACUAGGGUGAAGCUGACAAAACGAAGCGGCCACACUCAGACAGAUUACAUCAAUGCCAGUUUCAUGGAUGGCUACAAGCAGAAGAAUGCUUACAUUGGUACACAAGGCCCUUUGGAGAACACCUACCGAGAUUUCUGGCUUAUGGUAUGGGAACAAAAAGUCUUGGUGAUUGUCAUGACCACUCGCUUUGAGGAGGGCGGCAGGAGAAAGUGUGGCCAAUACUGGCCUUUAGAAAAAGACUCUCGGAUCCGAUUUGGCUUCCUCACCGUGACCAAUCUAGGCGUGGAGAAUAUGACCCAUUAUAAGAAAACGACGCUAGAAAUUCACAAUACAGAGGAACGGCAGAAACGCCAGGUGACCCACUUUCAGUUCCUGAGCUGGCCAGAUUAUGGUGUCCCUUCCUCGGCAGCUUCCCUCAUUGAUUUCUUAAGAGCCGUCAGGAACCAGCAGAGGUUGGCCGUCAGCAGCAUGGGAGCACGCGCCAAAGGGCAAUGCCCUGAGCCACCCAUUGUGGUCCAUUGCAGUGCGGGCAUUGGCCGGACAGGUACCUUCUGCUCACUGGACAUCUGCCUGGCACAGCUGGAGGAGCUUGGCACCCUUAAUGUGUUCCAGACAGUGUCCCGCAUGAGGACCCAGAGGGCCUUCAGCAUCCAGACCCCUGAGCAGUACUAUUUCUGCUACAAGGCAAUCCUGGAGUUUGCAGAGAGGGAGGGCAUGGUGCCCCCCAGCCACAACCUCCUGGCCAUGGAGGGUCAGUAACUGUCCCACGAGCCUCCUGUCUGCUGGCCAGCCUUCCUUAAACUACCCUGGACACCGCUGAGCCUAUAGGUUGCCAUCAGUUACGCUGAAGCCAUGGACCAGCCUCUUUCUUGUGUCUCCCGGCGCACGCGUGCACGCAAGGCAGCCUUUCCCUUUGGCUAGAUAGAUGUGGUGAAAUUGCCACUAGAAAGGGCCAGCAGCAAUGUGUUCUUAAUUCCUAGCACCUGCUAUCGAACUGUGCCUUAUUAAAACCAAAUUGUGGCUAUCGAUAUUUGCCAGGGGCCCCGAGGUAAGUGGGGAAGGAACCUCCCUCCCCCCUUUCCCAAUGCCAUCUCCUUCUCAAGAUCUCUUUCCAUUCCUUCCCUUUGCUAGGAUUUGAUGGGGAGGUUUGGUGAGCACCCACCUCCUUCCCAGAGCUUGACCAAGUUACAUAUUCUAGAGAACGUCCUGAGUGCCAAGCACGUUUAUACCUAGGGCGUGUAUUCCAGUCUUUUCUGUCAUUCUGUGUGUGUGCGUGUGUGUAUGUGCACUUAUGUGUAUGAGUCCAUAUGUACGUGUGUAUAUAAUAUAUAUUGUAUGUGAUAAUAUGGUCGUAUUCUAUAAAUACAUAUACACAGAGAUA